GCAGACGGGUUGGAGGCAGACUCUGGCUGAGAGAGGGAGUGUGUCAGUGGGAUGCUUCUGCUUAGAUUUAAAGUACUGGAGGACAAAGCCUGGAUUGGGAAUGCAUCCCUGAACUGUUUCACUUUGGAUCUUCAGCUCAUUUAUAUAUCUUGUUGUUUUCAUUUCUGAAAUCAACUCUUUUUUAUUUUAUUUUUUUCUGGUUUAGUUUUCAUUUUUUGUGUCUCCUAAAUCCACUUUCUCCUUAUUCUGUCUGCUUCCAAACCAUAUUCCCCAACUGCUACAUCCACCCGCUGUCUCGCCCUCCUUUGAAGCUGUAGUUGUUGGUUGUCUGCUGGAUGUACAUGGCUGAAUAGCAGAUUAAAGACGGGGGCUUGCUUUGGUGGUUUUCUCUGAGGGUUGCAAAGUUGCAGUCAGGACCCGGACGAGCAGCGGGAGGAGGCGGUGGAGGAGGAUGGCUCUGGAAGAAGUGUGGGGCCGAGUGAAGAAUGUCUGCAAGCAGAACGGACUGCUCAUCCUGUCUGUUCUGGCCGUGGUCAUCGGCUGCCUGCUGGGCUUCUUCCUCAGAGGCAAGCAGCUCUCCGAGCAGGAGGUGAAAUACUUCCAGUUUCCCGGAGAGCUGCUCAUGAGGAUGCUGAAAAUGUUAAUCUUGCCUCUCGUCGUCUCAAGUUUGAUGUCUGGUCUGGCUGCCCUGGACGCCAAGUGCUCAAGCCGCCUGGGCAUCAUGACUAUUUCCUACUACUUGUGGACCACCUUUGUUGCCGUAGUUGUAGGAAUCCUCAUGGUUUACAUCAUACAUCCAGGUGGUGCCGCCCAGAAGGAGGACUCUGAAGAGAGCAAAAAGCCGAUGACCAGUUCAGCCGAUGCUCUGCUGGACCUCAUACGCAACAUGUUUCCUGCCAACCUGGUUCAAGCAACAUUUCAACAGUAUCGAACGCAGAGAGUGGCAGAGCUGAUCCCCAAACCAACAGUGGCCCAGCUCCUGGAUGAGACCACCACACGGCGGGUCUACAUCUAUGGCGUCCAGGACGACAAUGGCACAGACAUUCAGAACUUCUCCCUGGACCUCACGCCGCCUCCUGACGUCAUCGUGAAAACGUCGCCCGGUACCAGUGAAGGCAUGAACGUGUUGGGGAUCGUUAUAUUUUCUGCAACUAUGGGAAUAAUGCUGGGGAGAAUGGGACCCAAUGGAUCCGCCUUGGUCAACUUUUGUCAGAGUUUGAAUGAAGCAGUUUUGAAGAUUGUUGCCAUCGUCAUUUGGUAUUUUCCCUUUGGCAUUGUCUUCCUCGUCGCCGGGAAGAUCUUAGAGAUGGAUGAUCCUUCAGCCAUGGGGAAGAAACUGGGCUUUUAUGCCAUCACUGUGGUCAUGGGCCUGGUGCUGCAUGGCCUAUUCAUUCUUCCUGCCAUGUACUUUUUCAUCACAAAGAAGAGUCCCAUAGUGUACAUUCGAGGCAUUCUGCAGGCUCUGCUCAUCUCUCUAGCCACCUCUUCCAGCUCUGCCACGCUGCCUAUCACCUUCAAGUGCCUCCUAGAGAAUAACCACAUCGACAGGCGAAUCAUCCGCUUCGUGCUGCCGGUGGGAGCCACCAUCAAUAUGGACGGCACCGCUCUCUACGAGGCAGUGGCAGCCAUCUUUAUCGCCCAAGUGAAUAAUUAUGAGCUCGACUUUGGGCAGAUCAUUACCAUCAGCAUCACUGCCACGGCCGCCAGUAUCGGUGCAGCAGGAAUCCCUCAGGCUGGACUUGUUACCAUGGUGAUCGUUUUGACCUCUGUGGGUCUACCGACUGAUGAUAUCACUCUCAUCAUUGCCGUCGAUUGGGCCCUGGAUCGAUUCAGGACCAUGGUCAAUGUGAUGGGCGACGCUCUGGCUACAGGCAUCAUGGCUCAUAUCUGCAGAAAGGAUUUUGUCAAAGAAGGAGAGCAGGUUCCUCUUAUAUGUGAGACCAAACCUAUGAUAAGCAUCCAGCAGAUGAUGACGUACCAGAACCAGAAGAACGGCUGCUACCAGCCCCCACCGGGCAGCAGGCAGGACCACCUCUCUCCGGACGUCGCUCGCCUGAUCCAGCUCGAGGAAGGCAUCCGGCCGGUGGAGAAGAAGAAGCACGGCCACAACCCCCACCACAAGAGAGAGCACAGAGACAAGGACCACUGUUCUGUGGACAUGAACGGCCUGGAGACAAAUGUAUAAAACGCAGGAGCCGAUCCUAACAGCUGCCGGUCCGUCCAUCUGCUGCUGAACAGCCAAGACAGACACAAGCAGAGGAGACCGCCUCACGUUCACUCUGCUCCCCUCCGAGGAGGAGGCACACCAAGACUGGAACUGAAGGACAAAAAACAGACCUCUUUUUCUACUUAUCAUUAUAUGACGACCCACAUUAUAUUCUUGAUGUUCAUGUGUAAAUACAGUAUGUAUUACAGGUAUAAUAUUUAGUAGCAGCAGUGGCGACAUGCUGCUCUUUAAGCAAAGCCUGGAAAAAGACUCCUAAAGAGCAGAUUAAAGAAGAAGAAUCCAAAAGGGAAGCAGAAAAAAAUGUGUUGGAUGAUAAUGAACUGCUGAAAUCUUGUGGGGACUUCAACCAAAAAGGCAUAAUUUCAUAGAUCUUUUUUUCUUAUUGUGUAUUUGGAAUGUUUUAGUAUAAUAAUGAUUACUGGAUUUUCUAUAUUUAUUUAAUUCUUCUGGUUAUUUACCGCCAUCCCUGAAAAUGUUUCCUCGUCAACUAAGACGUAAAUAAACAUGCGGGCAAAAAGGACAGGAUUGUAAAACUGUGAUGCCCAUACGUUACGGCUUUAGUGCUCAUGUCAGACGGCUAAAAAAAAAAAAAUAGUUGUUAAACUUUUCCUUCCACUUCUCUGCCUUGUUGUCCUUAACCUCAUGGAUCCUAUGAACCCUUCCUGUAUUGAUGCAUGCGAAAGCUGGAAGCCAAUGCUUCCCUAUGUAACUCAGAUUGUCUCUUAAACCUCCCUCUGACCCCUCUUUGCCUUAAACAACCAAAAGAGAAGCCCUUGAGCCCCAGCACCUCUGCUACAGCACAAUGAAUCCACAAAAAAAAAGCAAGCCAACAGUCACAGACCAUUUUCUGUUCCUGUCUCAUGUAGAUUUUGAUUUCUGUUUUAUUUUUCAGCCUGUUUCAGCUCAAAUCAAUAAAAACACACAGCUGGAUUUGAAACAACAGUGGUCCAACUCUGCUAAUCAGA